GAAUGCUAUGGAAUGGAUACAAACUCUUCUAAUCUCAGGACUGUGUAUCCCGUCCUUCUGUGCCGACUACCGCCAACACUGUUUAAUUGAAACCCCGAAAUCCUGGUUUGAUGCCCAGAGCUACUGCAGAGAGAGAGGCCACGACCUGGCCACCAUAGACGACAUGGGGGCAAUGAAGUCACUGCUGGGCAUGAAUGCAGACAGAGCUCAUGAUUGGUGGAUCGGUCUUCAUUAUGGGGGUCCUGAAAGGUGGCAUUGGUCGCUGGCAGACAAGGACUUCUACCAAGAGGGAGAGAGAGAUUACCGUAAUUUCAAAGGAGGGUUACCUGGUAGAAGGUUUACUCUGCAAUAUAACAGCAAGUGGUACAAUCAUGGAAAUGACGAAAAACAUGUGUUCGUGUGUUAUGAUGGUAAGGAAACAUACACACAUGGAUAUGGAUAUUAUACACUACAUUUGUAUUUAUUUAUAAUGUGUCAAAUUGAAGUAUUCAAUGCCAACAAAGGAUUGAAUGAUUUGGCAGGUAACAGACAAGGUGGAGACCGAUAUGUCCUAGUGAGAGAGGGGAAGAACUGGGUCGAUGCGCAGGUGUACUGCAGGAGUCACCACACGGACCUGGUCAGCAUCAGGAACUCAACAGAGAACCAGGCAGUCGCGGAGGCAAGUGGUGGAUAUUAUGUCUGGACCGGCCUCUUCAAAGAGGCGUGGUACUGGUCCGACGGGCGCUACUCCUCCUUACGACUCUGGGAUCAUCAUGCAUUCGUGGGGAAUUUCCCUCAAAGUUGCGCUGUGAUGACGAGCCACAUUUCCGGAAGAUGGAGCCAACGAUCAUGUCAUGAGUUGCAUCCCUUUCUCUGCACCUGUAAGCAACCGUUGAGUGUUUUGGAGUUGUAUUAGACGUCUCAUAUUCUAUUGCAUUCAAUGGAAACAUUUGAACAAUUCAUCCAUAUGGUCAA